AUGUCUGAAUUCUCCAACCUCAAGAAGGCGGACCUCGUCCACGUGCUCAAACAGCUCGAAAUCCACACCCUUUCCAAGGACACCAAGAAGGUGUUGUUGGAGAAGCUCAACGCCUACAUCGCCGAAAACCCUUCAGACUCGACCUCCAAGAUCCAGUCCAUUGUUGACGAGAAGGACGAGUUGGCUGAAGAAGCCACACUUGCGGAAGACGAAGAGGACGACGAGGCAGAAGACGCAGAAACCGAAGACGCAGAAGACGACGACGACGAAGAAGAAGCCGCCGUCGCUGCUGCUGAAGAUGACGAGGACCCAGACUACAACGCACCUCCUCCCAUCAACCUCAAGCAAUGGGUGGUGGACCCCAUCAUCGACGCCUCUGAGCAGUGGAUUGCUCGUUUCUACGAGUACACUGACAGCGUGGGCAUCACCUACCUCGAGUACUCGGACGUGUUAAGAGAACGUUUGUCGACCACUGUGACCCUCAACUUCGUCGAGCUCUUGUUAGAGGCCUCGUUCUUCUUGUACACCCACGUUCCUGUGGUUGCGCUCAAGAACAACGCGUUGAACCACCAAUUGCUCAAGGACAACAACUCGUUCUUCGCUGAAAGCACACUUCCCACUCCCGAAUUGACUGCGUUGUUGCAGCUCUCGUCCCUCUAUACCUUGGCUCUCUGGGGAGCCACUGCCGUCGCCUUACCCUUGUUGGUUUCCUACUACGUCAACUUCUCCAGAAGAGUGCUUGUUUUUGAUGGUGCCGAAGGCAUCGUGGGCAGAAUCUACUCCUACGACCCUUUUAUCUUUGCUGUUGCCAAGGUGGUGAUCUUCUACUUUGUCGGUCAAUUGGGUCCUUUGACCAACUUGCACUCAUUGGAAGGCAUUUGGUACGCUCUCCAGAACCGUUUCUUGAUCCAGGUUGCUGUCUACAGUGGCUUCGUCAAGCAAUUGGGUGCUUUCCCAUUGGUUUUGGGUGUGGCCAACGUUGCAGUUGCCCUCUACUCUCAAUUUGAAGACUAUUAG